AUGAUAAGUAAGAACUUCUGUUCUCCCUCGUUUAACCAUUUAUUUAAUUAUAUAGCAGCAUGUUCAUUGAACUUUGAAUCUUGUUACCAAUUUUUAUGUCCAUUGUCAGGUUGUCUGGCCAUAAUAUUUUUAUUGAGAAAACAUUCUCUCCAAAAUGUAAUGAGGUGCCUAUUAAGAAUUUUAUUUUUCCUGCUAUAUUGAAAUGUUCAAUUGUUUCACCUCAAAUCUUUCACAGGGCAUGUCUUUUUGCUUGCAGAGCACCAUGCUUCUCUCAUGGAAGGGCCUUGUGUAUGCUGGGCAAGCACUCUACCACUCAGCCAUACACUUAACCUAACAAAUAUUUUGUAAGACAGAAUUUGUUAAGUAAAUUGGCUGUAUUUUUUUCCAAGGAUUUACCAAGUUUAGUUGCUACAGCACCCUAGGGUUUUCUAAUUUGAUUUCAAUUCAUUGUGGAAUAUAUUUAUUCUAUUAAAAAUAAAACCUUAAUGGACUCUGACAGCGCCGAUGUGCGCCGUGCAGGAGCCGGGAACAAAGGAGCGGAGUGGGGAGGGGAGCGAGUUGGGUGAGGGAGAGCCCCCGCUGCCAGAAGAUCCCGGCAGGAGAAAGCCCAAGUGUCACUUGAAUUCCACCCAAGGAGCAGGCGCCUGGGAUCCAAGCGCCUUGUUUAGCAAUAACGGCUGGAGCACGUCCUAUAAGUUGCUGGAGAGUCUGCAGUGAAGGAGGACAACGGCUUGCCCGCUGUGUCCCGGCUCCUGGCCCCUCGAGACCCCAGCAUUGCCUUCCGCUGGGAGGGGAGUUACAGAAUGAAGAGCAAGAAAGGUGUUGUUGCAGCAUCUGACAGUGAGACGGAGGAUGAGGACAGCAUGGACAUACCCCUGGACCUUUCCUCUUCAGCUGGCUCAGGCAAGAGAUGGAGAAGGGGUAACCUACCCAAGGAGUCUGUUCAGAUUCUGCGGGAUUGGCUGUAUGAGCACUGGUACAAUGCCUAUCCCUCAGAGCAAGAAAAAGCAUUACUGUCCCAGCAAACUCACCUGUCCACACUACAGGUCUGUAACUGGUUCAUCAACGCCCGACGCAGGCUCCUCCCUGACAUGCUGAGAAAGGAUGGCAAAGAUCCAAAUCAGUUCACAAUUUCCCGCCGUGGGGCCAAGGUUUCUGAAGCUGGCUCUAUGGAGGCUGCAAUAGGUAUCAAAAACUUCAUGCCAGCUCUAGAGGAGAGCCCGUUUCAUUCCUGCACAGCUGGACCAAACCCAACCCUAGGGAGGCCCCUGUCUCCCAAGCCAUCGUCCCCGGGAUCAAUUUUGCCUCGUCCAUCAGUGAUCUGCCAUACCACUGUGACUGCAUUGAAAGAUGUGCCUUUCCCUCUCUGCCAGUCGGUUGGUAUGGGACAAACCACAGAUAUACAGCAAAUGGCAGCCAGCAACUUUACAGACACCUCUCUCAUGUAUCCGGAGGACACAUGUAAGUCUGGACCGAGUACAAAUACUCAGAGCGGUCUUUUCAACACUCCUCCCCCUACUCCACCGGACCUCAACCAGGAUUUUAGUGGAUUUCAGCUUCUAGUGGAUGUUGCACUCAAACGGGCUGCAGAGAUGGAGCUUCAGGCAAAACUUACAGCUUAACACCCCCCUUUCAAGCAAAACAGUUCUCAAAAAUGUCAUGAUUGCCAAGGGGGGUGGUGAUGGCAAGAGAUGAAUUGCGUUAUUUUAUAUAUUUUUUUAUUAAUAUUUGCACAUGGGAUUGCUAAAAUGAAGCUUCCUGUUACUGAGAUGUCUUCAAUGGAAUACAGUCAUUCCAAGAACUAUAAACUCAAAGCUACUGUAGAAACAAAGGGUUUUCUUUUUUAAAUGUUUCUUGGUAGAUUAUUCAUAAUGUGAGAUGGCUCCCAAUAUCAUGUGAUUUUUUUUUUCCCACCCCUUCCCCUUUUUUUUUUGUUGGUGUUUUUUUCAGACUGUGCAAUACUUUGAGAACCUAUUGCAUCUUUUCAUUCCCAUGUGGAACAGGAUGCCCACAUACUGUCUAAUUAAUAAAAUUUUCAUUUUUUUUUCAAAGAAGAAAAAAAAAUAAAACCUUAAUGAACAGAGCCCCUUACCCCAUUGAGAUAUUCGCAAAGCACAACUGAGUAUAUAUACAAAGGAUAUGAAAUCAGCAUGUCAAAGACAUCUGCACUCCCUUGUUCAUGGGAACAUUUCUUGUAGUGAUUAUUACAUUGAAUCAACCUGUCUGUCAUCUGUAGGUAACUGGAUAAAGGAAAUGCGGUAUAUAUUUACAAUGGAAUACAGUUCAGCCUUAGAAAGGGAGAUUCUGUCAUUUGUGACAACAUGAAUAAAUCUGAGGGUAUUAUAUUAAAUGAAAUAAGCCAGGCACAGAAAAACAAAUACUACAUGAUCUCAUUAUAUGUGGAAUCUAAAAUAUUGAACUUAGAGAAUCAGAGAGUAAAAUGAUGUUUAUAAGAGUCUGGGCUGGGAGCUUGGGGAGAUGUUGGUCAAAGAAUACAAAAUUUCCAUUUGACAGGAGGAGUAAGUUCAGGAGAUCUAUUGUACAUCAUGGUUAUGGUGAUUAAUGACAGUAUUUUAUAUACUUGAAACCUGCUAAUAAAGUAGAUUUUAAGUUUUCUUACUACAAACAAAUGAGAAAUGUGUGAGGUAAUGCAUAUAUUAAUUAGCUUUUUAGCCAUUGCACAAAUUAUAUGUAUCAAAACAUCUGUACACCAUAAAUAUAUGCAAUUUUUACCUAUCAAAAAGAAUACAAAUAUUUCAAAUAUGCAGAUUAAACCUAUCACACAAUAACAUUUUACUAACAACAACAACAACAAAAAAUCCAGGACAAAUGCUAAAUCAGGAUGUGGAUAACAGGGUCACUUGGGAUACUGGUAUAAGGGCUCACCCUGUGCAGAGAGCCAGCCUCACCUCUGCUGCCCUCUCCUGGCCAGUGGCUUGACCCAACCAGGUCUUUGCUUCUGUAGACCUCUGCUGCUCUGGAUUUGCUGCUCCUCUGCCUGGAGCAUGCUUCCUGUCCUUCCCCACCUUGCUGAUUUCUCCUAUCUUAGAAU